UUUUUUACUCUUAUUACUUUAUUUUUUCUUGCGCUUGCAAUCAUCGAUGCCGCUCCUAUUACCUCAAAACCCACCGUUAUCUCACUUGUAAAACAUACCAAUAAAGAUUCAACUUGGUUAAGAGUUCGUGAAAUACAUAAAGUUCGCGCAUUAGUUAAAUACCAAAAAUUAGUUGAAUCUGCUUAUGCUUCUGAUAAAGCUGUUUUAAAGAAGCUAGAAUUAGCUAAACAAGGUAAAGCGGGUGAUGGUGAAAUUGAUCUCACCGCAGAAACUGCAGGAAAUUCAGAUAUCGGUUAUUUCGGCCCAAUCGAUUUAGGUUGUCAAACGUUUAAUGUAAUCUUUGAUACAGGAAGCUCCGAUCUUUGGGUUCCUUCUGCUCGUUGUAAAGCGGCUGCUUGUCGUAAACAUAAACCGUUUGAUCCUAAAAAAUCAGAAACAUUUAAGCCUAGCAAUAAACCUUUCCAGAUUCAAUACGGUACUGGUAAUGUUAAAGGCAUUAGCGCGCAAGACAAUCUUAUAAUAGGCGGGAUAGAAUCUAAAGGUCAGGUAUUCGGUCUUACUCUCGAUGAAAGUUCGGACUUUGUCAAUGUCCCAUAUGAUGGUAUUUUGGGCAUGGCUCUAAAUCAACUUAGUAGCCAAAAAGCUGCUACUCCUUUUUCAAAUAUGGUUUCUCAAGGAUCUGUUGAAAAUUCUUUCUUUGGUUUUCAUCUUCAACGUACUUUGGAUAAAGGUGACAUAGGUACCUUAACUCUUGGGGGCGUUGAUAAAAGUAAAUUUGUUGGUGAAAUUACUUCCAAUAAAUUAAUUAAUAAUAAAGGUUUUUGGGAAAUUAAUUUGGAUGGCGCUUCUGUUAAUAAUAAGGAUCUUUGCUUUGAAGGAAGAAGUGCUAUAAUAGAUACUGGAACUACUCUUGUAAUCAUGCCAUUAGAAGAUGCUGAAGAGAUUCAUAAACAAAUUCCAGGUGCUACUAGAAUGGAUAAUCAAUUUGUUGUACCUUGUGAUACAAAAGCUAAGGUAGCAUUUACCUUUGGUGGUGUUAGUUAUAAUAUUGAUCCAAGAGAUUUAGCAUUUCAACCUACUGGCAAAAAUAAUCUUUGUGCUUCCGGAAUUGCUGCUGGGAAUAUUGGCGGAGCUAAUACUUGGCUUGUUGGUGAUGUGUUUUUAAGAAAUGUUUACUCUGUAUUCGACGUAAAAAGACUUUCUGUUGGAUUUGCUCCGAGUAAAACUAAAUAA